AUGAAUCAACCAUUUACAGCAGAAAUUAAACUAAAAAGUUCAAAAGAAAGAGGUUAUUUUGAUCAAUUAGUUGAUGCUGUUGUUCGACCACCUAGAUAAAUAUAUGAUCUACCAAAAUUAGGUAAUAUACAAACAGUUAUUUUUAAAUAGGUCCAACAACUAUGUUAGUAAAUAAAUUACUCAUUUACAGAGAAGAUUUUGUAGUAUUAUCAAGACAAUAAAAUUUAAAAUUACAAUGUUCUAUAUAUAGUCCUGUAUACUUAAAGGAUAAAGCAAGACCUUGUAUAAUAUAUCUUCAUGGAAAUUCAAGUUCCAGAUUAGAAUCUUCAUGUUAUGCUAAUAUGUUAGCUUAAGAAGGAAUGAGUUUAGUAAACUUUGAUUUUGGUGGCUGUGGAAUAUCAGAUGGAUAAUAUGUAUCUCUUGGAUGGUAUGAAAAAGAAGACUUUUUAAACAUUUUAAAAUAUAUCAAAUAGAAGUAUAUAUAAUUCCUACUUUAAGAUUUCCAUUAUUAGGUCCAUUUGGAGUUUGGGGUAGAAGUAUGGGGGCAGUAACAGCUAUAAUGGCUGCAGCUGAAUAUACUGAAUUAAAGACUUUAGUUUUAGAUUCUCCAUUUAGUAAUUUAAAGCAACUUUGCAUUGAUAUUGGUGAUAAUUUUCAUGUUCCAACAAUUGGUGUUAGAUUUGUCUUUUAUUUAUUAAGGAAAAGAGUAAGAAAAUUAGUUAGAUAUGAUCCCAAAAAUAUUAAUACUAUGCUUUAUAUUAGAAAAUUAUCUUCACAUUGUGCUGCUUAUUUUGUUAGAGCUAGUAGUGAUAAAAUGAUUGGAAAGAAUCAUAUUGAAGAUUUAUAUGAUGCAUUCAAGGGAGAGAAAUACAUAUUUACUUUUUUAGGUGAUCAUAAUGCACCUAGACCUAUUGAAGCUUAUUAAGGAAUUAUAAGGUAUUUCUAUUAUAUAUAAGACUAAAUAAAAAGGUUUUUUGCAGCAAGAUUAAAUAAAAAUAACGAGAUUUAAAAAAUAAAUUUAUCUAGAAAGAGUUCUGGGAAAUCACACAAGAUAGAGAAAGGGUAUAAAUCUGAAAGAUCUAACGAGUCUGAUUUAAAUUAUGAUGAAUCUGAUGAUGAAAAUGCUAAGAAAUUAAAUAAUGAACAAUACAUAACAGAAAUGAAAAAACCAUAAUUAUUAAAUGCUUUUUUAUCUGAUUCUGAUAUUGAUAGUCAACAUUCACUUGAUGAAGAUUUAUAAGAACAUGAUCUUCCUCAAUUUUAAGAUAUCAAAACUAAAUUAAGUUGA